CGCAGGCAGAACGCCGAAGAAGCUAAAUGGAAACGCCUAGUCAAAACAACAUACUUCGAUCCCAACGGCGUCCAACGCUCCUGGGAAUCCGGCACGUAUCAAAAACGACACACAGAUAUCAAUUCAGUCAUCGGGGUUAGCGUGGUAACCAUCAUUCCCAAGAGCACGGGUCCGGAACUUCUGCUGCUGAAGCAAUACCGACCUUCCAUCGACAAGAUAGCCAUUGAGAUUCCUGGAGGUAUGGUUGAUGCUGGGGAAAGUCCAGAGCAAGCUGCCGUACGGGAGUUGAAGGAGGAAACGGGGUUUGUGGGUGUAGUUGUGGAGAGUAAAGGGAAUCUUCUGUUCAAUUCACCUGCAUUUUCUAACAAUAACUUCAAAUACGUCUACGUGGAUGUGGAUUUAUCGCUUCCAGAGAAUCAGGAGCCUCGGCCGGAGUUGGAGGAAGACGAGUUUAUCGAGGCUUUUACUACUCCUGUGGCGUCUCUCUUUUCGAGCUUGAAAAGACUCGAGAGUGAAGGAUAUGCAAUAGAAACGCGGGUAGUUGCUAUUGCGGAGGGUCUUGAAAUAGCUAGAAGAUGGAGUUUGUGA